AUGAGGCAAGUUAAAGAAUAUUAUUCCCUUGAUUUAUAUCCAAUUGAUGGUGAAAAUGAUGGCAAUGAAAUUGAUGACAAAGGAGAUGAACUUCUGGAACUAAAUGUGUUCACAGAUUUUACCACUAUCAUGCCCAUUCAACAAAAAGCAUUGACUCCUGCAGUAAGAGCAAUUUUAAGCAAAUUUAUGGUAAAAGACUACAAAUGGAUGUUAAAGAUUCCAGAAUUAUCGGAUGAAAGCAAUAAAUUCAUAAGUAAAGUUGAAGAGAUGAUAAAAACUGGUAACAAAACUCAAACAUAUAAAUAUUGCUUAAAAGAACAUAUGGAUUCACAAUCAUAUAGCUUUUAUGAGACAUUGAAUAGCAAUGAUAUGUUAGCUAAAGAUUAUACAGAAUGUGACAUUAUUAUCAAAACUUUUUCUUAUCUGAUAAAGACACUAGAAAUGAAUCAACCAAUUAAUCAGAAAUGGUAA